CUCAGCUUCUCGUUCUUGCAUCAUAAUUUCUUUCGUCCACGUCACCGUGCUCCCGAGCUUGAAUCGCCGACGCAGCGAACAUCGCAUACCAUCACGAGCCGAGCGUCUGUUGUUGCCCUUGUUACGACAGUGCUGCGUUCAGCCCCGCCAAACCAUCACCGCCACCACUACCACGUAGAGCUAAGUACUGUAGGCAUUCCUAUACCACCGCGCAGGGGACCCCCCUGGACCGACCCAUCGCCAUCGCCGCCAGCGUCAUCGUCCUCCGGCCAACGCCUGUGGCCCUGUUUGUCGCUUCAUCUUGUCUUCCUCGCCGUCGUCCCGACCGCCGCGCCAACGGCCCGACGAGCGCACUUGACGGCCAAGGACAAACCCCAGAGGCUCCCUCAUCCCUCGUCUCUUGCGACGCCCAUCAACACCGAGUUGCGCUCCAGCUGGCUAUGGAAACGCUCUUUGCGCCGCUGUAACGCCAACUCCAUCGAACCCUUCUUGUCCCCACGACGGCGCUGCCUUUGCCAUCGACAAGCCCACCAAAAUGCACCGCUGAGCUGCUGCGCGACGACACCGAGACCCCCCCUUCCGACGACGAGCGCGAGCGCGAGUCCACGUCGUCGCAAACAACAACAACCAACUACCUAGCCGUCGCUGCCUGUGUUGCCCGUGCGCGGGGCUACUACGGGCAUCUGCUGCGAGCACCAGACCGCUCUCGCGCCUCUUCCUCCUUGUCUCGACGGACGCCCAUCCGCGAGCGAGGCGCCGCGACACGGCAACAACCGCAACACCAUGGACGAGCUCCAGCUCGGCAUGGACUUGGUCGCCAGGAACGGCGUCGCUGUCGGCGGCGCCGGCGAGCGCCCACCCUACUUCAAGGCCAUCGGCAUUGGCCUUGCCGUCGGCUCGGGCCUCUUCAUCGGUACCUCGUUUGUCCUCAAGAAAGUUGGCCUGCUCCGCGCCAACGAAAAGUACAACGAGGUGGCCGGCGAGGGCUACGGCUACCUCAAAAACGCCUUUUGGUGGUCCGGCAUGACCCUCAUGAUCCUUGGCGAGAUCCUCAACUUUGUCGCCUACGCCUUCACCGACGCCAUCCUCGUCACGCCCCUCGGCGCCCUCUCCGUCGUCAUCACCACCAUCCUCUCCGCCAUCUUCCUCAAGGAGCGCUUGAGCAUGGUCGGCAAGGUCUCGUGCUUCCUGUGCAUUGUCGGCUCCGUCGUCAUCGUCAUGAAUGCGCCACAAGAGUCGUCGGUCAAGAACAUCCAGGAGAUGCAGGCUCUUUUCAUCACCCCCUGGUUCCUGUCCUAUGCCGGUGUCAUCAUCGCUGGUUCCGUCGCCACCGCCUUGUUCGCCGGCCCUCGCUGGGGGAACCGAAACAUGCUCGUCUACAUCUCCAUUUGCAGCUGGAUUGGGGGCCUCAGCGUCGUGUCCACCCAGGGCCUCGGCGCCGCCAUCAUUGCUUGGAUCAGAGGCGACCCCCAGUACAAGCACUGGUUCCUAUGGGUGCUCUUUGUCUUUGUCAUUGGCACACUCCUCACCGAGAUUAUCUUUCUCAACAAAGCCCUCAACAUCUUCAAUGCGGCCGUGGUCACCCCCACCUACUACGUCUACUUCACCAGCACCACCAUCAUCACGUCUACGAUUCUCUUCAAGGGUUUCAAGGGCACGCCGACGUCCAUUGUCACUGUGGUCAUGGGCUUCCUCACUAUAUGCUCGGGCGUCGUCCUCUUGCAGCUGUCCAAGUCGGCCAAGGACGUGCCCGACGCUGCAGUCUUCAAAGGCGACUUGGACCAGAUCCACACCAUUGCGGAACAGGAACAGCCGGAGACGGAGCCCAAGGCCGAUGCGAUCCGCGGGACGGCGGCCAUUGUGCGGCGCAUCUCGCAGGCCCGCCAGCGCAUGGAGGCGGCAGAGCUCAAGCGCCUGCACGAGGAGAAGAUGGCCGAUGCCAUGGCGCCCAUCAAUGAAAACGAGCCGCCUCAGUACGAGUGGGAUGGAUUGAGGAGGCGGCGCACCGUGGCGUCGAGCGUGCGAGCGCGUUCGGCGACGUCUCCCACCCCGAUGACGCCGCCGCCCCCGCGCAGCCCUCACCUGCCCCUGGGCAUGUCACGGCUGCCCACCGCCGAAGAAGAGGAGGAAUUUGAGGCCCAACAGCGGGCCGGGUUUUCUCCCGGUCUCUUGGGCGUUUUCCGCGGCCGAUCGCGCACCGACGCGACCAGGGUACUGUAUGCCGAUGGCCACCACGACGGCCACGAUCACGAUCACGAUCACGACGAAGCACGCUACGGCGAUCACCAUGGAGGCCCAGCGCCGGCGCAGAGCCCCAUGCAUCCGGUGCCGCUGACGGAGAUUAUCGUGCCACGCUACCACUCAGACGACGUCGUCCCGACAUCCCACGCACGCCACCGGGAACACUUCUUGGAGGGACAGGACGCCGAGUACCACGGGGCCAAGGGCGUCAGCGCUCAGAGCCUGGCCCCUACACCGCCGCCGCACUCGGCCAGGCGGCAAUUCUCGUUUCAGCGAGUCUUCAGACGCCAUACGGAGCCGACGGAGGAGGAGCGGAUGGGGCUCGUCAAGGACAAGGAAGCGGAAGGAGACGGACCGCUGGCGUACAUAUGAGUAACGGACACGACACAAAGCAUGGAGUCACGAUUGCAUUGGCGCGGGUGGACGGACGGAGCAUGUAUGGCGUUUCUCGGCGCGGCACGGCUGUCCAAGCGGCCGCGGCAUGGGCACACUUGGAGUAUCACGGUAUCAUGUAUUACAAAGCACGCGCUGUUGCACAAGAUCUUGGAAAUCGAGCCAGGACGCCAUGCCAAAUGGAACAUGGC